AUGGCACAAGAACUGGCGCGCUACAAGGUGGACAUCGCCGCACUCAGCGAGACCCGAUUCUCCGAACAAGGCCAACUGGAGGAGGUGGGUGCGGGCUACACCUUCUUCUGGAGUGGUCGACCCAAGGCAGAGCGACGAGACGCGGGUGUCGCCUUCGCCAUCCGGAUCGACAUCGUGGGACGACUGCCCUGUCUGCCGCAGGGAAUCAACAAUCGCCUGAUGAGCCUCCGCCUGCCCCUCCGGCGAGGAGGCAAGUUCGCCACCAUCAUCAGCGCCUACGCUCCGCCGAUGAGCAUCCCCGACGCCGCCGCAAGAGACAAGUUCUACGAGGACCUGCACGCCCUCUUGGCGACUGUGUCGAAGGCCGACAAGUUGACUGUCCUUGGUGACUUCAACGCCCGCGUCGGCACAGACCAUACUGCCUGGAGGGGAGUGCUGGGUCCUCACGGUCUCCGCGGCUCCAAGGACAACGGCCUGCUGCUCCUCUGCACCUGCGCAGAACACCGCCUCAUCCUGACGAACACGUUCUUCUGUCUGCCGGAGCGAGAGAAUGUCACCUGGAGGCAUCCUCGGUCACACACAUACACACACACACACACGAAAGUUCGACCGUCGAUUUCGACGAUGUCCACCGUGUGCCCCACAUCUGCAGCAGAGGUGGGAGCAGGGACGGUGACUUGCGCAGGGGUUUAUAGUGCCAGUAGACUUGCGCUGCAUCUACCUACACUCUCUCCUCCUCCCCGCCAGGGCCAGGUGUCAAGACAGAGUCAAGAAGACCGGAGACGAGGGAGGCUGCGGGUGGAUGGUUCGGACGGAUCCUCACCUUGGCGUUCCACCACACCCCCUGGUCCACACAACAAUAACCAGGAUUUCAACCGACACAACAGAGAUUUGGAUGCUGGCACGACCGAAGCCGCACCUGGGCGUGCCGCCAACGCCUGGCCCGGAUCCCACACUGUGGUGGGAAUGCCAUAA